AUGAUUACUCAGAAUGAAAUCUUGAGGAUUGUCUACCUGAACCAGAUUGUAAUUGGAGUCCUAGGGAACUCUUUCCUCAUAUUCCUUUACUGUUUUAAGUUGAACAGUGGUCAUAAAACAAAAUCUAUAUUUCUUAUUCUCAUACAUUUUCUCUUUACCAAUAUAAUUUUGCUCCUUUUCAGGGGAAUUCCUAAAGCAAUUGAUGUCUGGGGAUUAAAGUAUUUUGUGGAUUAUACUGGGAGUGUAUUUCUAACUUACAUGCAAAGAGUGACUCGUAGCCUUUCCCUCUGUAGCUGCACCCUGCUGAGUGUCUUUCAGGCCAUCAAAAUCAGUCCAAGCAGUCUCAGAAUAGCAGAGUUAAAAACCAGAGCCCUGAAGUGCAUCUUUUCCUGCUGUCUUUUCUGUUGGGUCCUGAAUCUGCUGAUAGAUAUAGUUCUGCCUUUGUAUGUCAUUGGUCUCAGGAACAGAACAUACAGUAAAGAGGAACAGAACAUUGGAUUUAGUGCUUUAGAUCUCCAUACAAUGAAGACUACAAUAUUCCUCAUCUGGAAGUUUGCUUACGAUGCAUUCUUUGUGAGUGUCAUGGCCAUUACUAGCGGCUGUAUUGUGCUUUUUUUGUAUAGACAUCACCAACGAGUUCGACACAUGCACAGGAGUAUGCUGUCUCAAAGAGGUUCUUCAGAGACCCAUGCUGCCAAAGCCAUCUUGCUAUUGGUGAUCACCUUUGUUAGCUUUAACUUCAUGAGUUCUUUUUUUGUAAUGUAUAUGACUUUUUUAAAAGUUGCUAGUCCUGUGUUGCUUCAUGUCUCAGUUUUUCUUUCUCUCUUGUUUCCAACUGUCAGCCCUUUCAUACUACUCAAAAGUGACACUCAAAUUACAAGUUUCUAUUGUGUCCAGUGA